GCUACAACCGACAAUUUACAACGUCUACCAACCUCUAACCUCUCUUUCUAGAAAAGUGCCCAAUUUCAUGCAGGGGCCUGUUGAAGCGAGGGAUUGCCCGCGUGGCCUGUCAACACUUUGACCUUGAACCUUUUUGUAUUAGAACGAACUAUUAAUCUUUACCCUACCGUCAUCAUCCUAUAUUCCCUACCAUCCGUACCCCAUACCUAACAAUAUUGUUGUUAACCCUUUUGUUAGCACUUCUAGCCCUUCGUAUUCCCUUUAAGCUACCUGCAAACAUCGUCAGAUCUAAACAUCAUUUCUAACAACCUAACUCACCUAACCUACUUACCUAACCUAUAUCAGUCUAGAUUGCUUAGAUUGUUUACACCUUAAUCUCUUACCCCUAUGCCCUAAACUUUCGAACGUACAGGUUUCCCCAUGCCCUUGCGCGACACCUCUAUUAAUUACCGAGAGACUGGUUAGAUGGUUAAUUUUGGCAAUUAACCUGACGUUCGUUCAUAGUUUGGCAGGCCAUAACGAAAUUAAGAAUUGAGAGGCGACUAAGUAGCAAACUACCAACUUUGGGCACGGAACGUUAGGUAGGCCAUGUGCUUCGAGCUCAGGCCUCUUCCCUGAACGAAACAAUGGCCGAAAACCCACGAUCGCCCACGGCAAACAGCAACAAAUCUAGGACCGUCCGAUCUCAGAAGAUCGCGCCCUCUACCUCCGAUGCUGUUAGUAUAAGCGACCGCACCGAGUCCUUAGACCGAGUCCCUCCUCCGACUACGCGAAGUCAUACCCCGGGCCACCUCGCGUCCAAGAGCCAAGGCGGUUCCUCGAAUAGACGCAAGGCUUCAGGACAAUCUAUACGGACGCGCUCUCAAUCCGUCACCUCGAAAACUGCCGCAUAUACCUCUCCUCCACCCCAGACAGCGGCACCGGCACCGGCGCCGACUCCUAUCCCUACCCUUACUCUCCGGCGCCAUGGGGACUAUACCAGCCCAGUGCCGACCGAUCCGCAGGCCGGAUCGUCUACCAGCCUAGAUACCGACGCACGGCGGCCAACGGCUAUGCGUUCGACGUCGGCCAUCGCGGGUCGGGCCACGACGAUGAGUGCGACCUCGGGAACCUCGGGGGCCUCCCGCAAGUCGUCCGCACCUCCACGUCCACGAGGACCCCACGUACCCUUCCCACCUCUACAAGACCCGAAAACGGCGUCCGACGUGCCCGCUGCGCCCUCCUCGGGUAUGUAUUGGUCCCGGGCACCUGUGUCCGGAGCUCCCCACACACCCCUCCGUGCGCACACGACGACUCUGGUAGGAAGCAACGUAUACGUGUUCGGGGGCUGCGACUCGCGCGCGUGUUUUAACGAGCUAUACGUAUUGGACAUGGACUCGUUUCACUGGAGCAGUCCACACGUAGCUGGCGAUGUGCCCGUCCCGCUUCGCGCUAUGACGUGUACAGCUGUCGGUAAGAAAUUGGUUGUAUUUGGUGGCGGCGAUGGCCCUGCCUAUUACAACGAUGUAUACGUAUUAGAUACCGUCAACUUUCGGUGGCAUCGACCACGAAUCGUAGGAGACCGGACACCAAGCGCGCGGCGAGCGCAUACAGCAUGCCUCUAUAAAAAUGGCAUCUAUAUGUUUGGUGGCGGCGACGGAGUACGUGCCCUGAAUGAUAUCUGGAGGUUAGACGUGACGGAUCCUCAAAAGAUGAGCUGGAAAAUGGUAUCGGGACCCUCGACGAACUCGACCAGCAGCGCGAAUGGCAGUACCCCGGUCAAGGACACCAGUCGGCCGAAAGCGCGGGGUUACCACACGGCCAACAUGGUGGGCAGCAAGCUGAUCAUCUACGGUGGCUCAGACGGCGGGGAGUGCUUUAAUGACGUAUGGGUAUAUGACGUGGAGACGCACGCGUGGAGAGCGGUGCAUAUCCCCGUCACUUUCCGACGGCUGUCGCACACAUCGACGAUCGUCGGAUCGUACCUCUUCGUGAUCGGUGGCCACGACGGCAACGAGUACUCCAACGACGUACUGCUGCUUAACCUGGUGACUAUGACUUGGGACAAGAGGAGGGUGUAUGGCCUGCCUCCCAGCGGACGCGGAUACCAUGGCACCAUACUUUAUGACAGCAGGCUUGUCGUCAUAGGUGGCUUCGACGGUAGCGAGGUUUUUAGCGAUGUCUGGAUUCUUGAGUUGGCUGUUCAUGCGUACUACUCGCAGAUCAGCCAUUUUUCUAUCGAGGUCUAAGCUAUUUACCUAGGUCUUUUUGAUCAUCUACAUACAUAUAUAUCUUGGCAUUUAACAAUCAUAUUUGGAGCGUCGGCGAGAAUCUGGAUGCUAACAUACCUUGGAACCAACAUGGAGAUAGCUAAACUACCUAUCUACCUACCAUCUCAUCACUACAGAGAUAUCAUCGCAUACAUUAGAACGAGGACUAGAGGAUAAUCUUUUUUUGCUCUUUUUAGCGAAACCGUUGGUCUUUCAGGGCUUCUCCCGAAGGGAGGGGAAACGGAUAUAAAAGGGGUUUCUUGGACCGGGAGGGGAUCUUGGAGGUUUUUUAUAUCUCGAAGGAUGGGUUGGAUGGACGACGGGUCACGAGAUGACGAUUACAGGAGUCUGUCUAGUGGCUUAGCACCUAAUGUUUGUUUGGUCGAUCUAGGUAUGCGUUGUAAUAUAUAUUGAAGCACGAUGCAUUCGUCUAUCAUGACACUUUUUGCCGCCG